UCAUCAAAAGUUCCUCGUGGAAAAAGAACCUUCCAGUUCAUUCAGAGGCUGAGGAGAACUUCAAGAAAACGAGAUAUAAAAAAAAUGUCCAACCCGAUCCCAGUGUCCAAACCCGGCAAUGAGGAGAACCCGAGGGCUUUCUUCGAUGUAGAAAUCGGCGGGGAGAAAGCUGGCCGUAUCGUGUUCGAGCUCUUCGCCGACGUCGUCCCUAAGACUGCAGAGAAUUUCCGUGCCCUGUGCACCGGCGAGAAGGGAAUCGGGAAAAGCACCGGGAAACCUCUGCACUUUAAGGGAUGUCCUUUUCACCGCAUCAUCAAGCAGUUCAUGGUGCAGGGAGGAGAUUUCUCCAAUCAGAACGGUACGGGAGGAGAGAGCAUCUAUGGAGACAAGUUCGAGGAUGAAAACUUCCACUAUAAGCAUGACAGACCGGGCCUGUUGAGCAUGGCCAAUGCUGGGCCCAACACCAACGGCUCGCAGUUCUUCAUCACCACCGUGCCCACACCUCACCUGGACGGCAAGCAUGUGGUGUUCGGGCAGGUGCUGAAAGGCAUGGGCGUCGUCAAGAUGCUGGAAGCAAUCGAAACCGAGGAAGAUCAUCCAGUCAAGCCAUGUGUAAUUGCUGAUUGCGGAGAGCAUAAAGCAGGUGAUGACUGGGGCGUGGCUCCCAACGACGGCUCUGGAGACGCACACCCGGACUUCCCCGAGGACUCGGAUGUCGACUUUAAGGAUGUUGAUAAAGUCUUGUCUGUGGCUGAGGACAUCAAAAAUAUUGGAAACAACUUUUUUAAAGCCCAGAACUGGCAGGCAGCUAUGAAUAAGUACUCCAAAGCUCUUAGGUAUUUAGAGCUCUGUGGCAAUACUCUGGAUGAUGACGGCGCACAGAGAAAGCUGGAGCCCAUGGGUCUGAGCUGCAUCCUCAACACCGCAGCCUGUAAACUAAAACUGCAGCAGUGGCAGGAGGCCAUCGAGAGCUGCGACGAGGCUCUGGAGCUGAAUCCGACGCAUGCUAAGGCUUUGUUCAGGAGAGCGCAAGCCUGGCAAGGCCUCAAGGAGUUCAGCAAGGCCAUGAUCGAUCUGAAGAAAGCGCAGGAGAUUGCACCAGACGACAAAGCGAUUGCGAACGAGAUGCUGAAGGUCAAGCAAAAAGUGAAGGAAGAGAACGAGAGAGAAAAGAAGAUCUACUCCAAAAUGUUUGCGUAAAGGAUGCAGCAGCGACGUGCCACGACUACGUGCAGAUCUACAUCGGCUCACGUCUCUUUGCUCAACCAUCAGUAACGUAGUUAUACGAGGAAAUACAGAGGGGGGGGAACCAGUCGGAGCCGAAGAUCUCCAGCCUGAUAAAGAUAUGCAGUUUACAGAAGGAAGUGUCAUGGGAAUAGGAUCCAUUAUAGUUAGAAUACAAUACUUGAAUCUGUGUGAACGUGUAGGUCAGACUUUCAGUUGCAUAGACUACUGUUAAAAAUGUUUAUUUAAUCAGAAAGCAGGCCUGACCUUUAAAACUGACUCUGUUGUCUUUUUGCCUUUAUUAUAUUUAUUUGACUAAACUCAAAGUCUAAAUGAUCUUAAUUAGUUCACUGUGGUAAUGUAAACAUUGACAAUAAACGUGGUGUUUUAAGAAGGGAGAAGAAAACAGA